AUGAGGAGGAGGAAAGAAACACAAGAAAAACGUGUUUGGAACAAGUGUACGACUGACGCAUUUCGAAACCCCUACGCACUGUAUUAUGACAUGACGAUGGCUCUGGGACUAGAGCGGUUCCGCGACUAUGCAACACUACUGCUGGUCCGGAAAACUAUUCCAGAAAGGACUGGCGCACCAUUAAGAAUCCGUACAGCGAGCCGUUCGACACUCAGAAAGGCAGAAUCCCUAUCCAUUUUGGGCGGGAUUUCCGCUUCCGAGCGCAUGGGCCCCGUCGCCUGA